AUGCUUUCUUCUUCUCCAACUUCCUUUGCUCAUCCAUUCCUCUCCUCUUCUCCGCCUCUCUCUCCCCUAUCUCCGCAGUCUCGCGCGGCUCGGAUCUCUCCUCCUCUCGUCUCCGCCUCUUGCUCUUACACCUGCGCGGAAGAUUCGCCGAGAUUGCAUCAGAUCCCGCGGCGAUUGUCGACGGCGACAGCUUCGCUUUACGAGAUUCUGGAGGUUCCUCACGGCGCGACGAGCCAGGAUAUCAAAUCGGCUUACCGGAGACUGGCCAGGAUCUGCCAUCCCGACGUGGCGGGAACCGAUCGGACGAAUUCGGUUUCUUCGGCGGAUGAGUUCAUGAAGAUCCACGCCGCGUACUGUACGCUUUCCGAUCCCGAGAAACGCUCUGUUUACGAUCGGAGGAUGCUUCGACGGAGCCGUCCUUUGACGGUCGGCACCUCCGGUUUGGGAAGUUACGUCGGACGGAACUGGGAAACCGAUCAGUGCUGGUAG